AUGUCGUGGCUCAAGAAAAAUAGUUCUGUUGUUUGGAAUUAUUUUAUAAAGGAUGUAAAUAAUUCUAAUGAGGCCCAGUGCUCACUUUGUAAAAAAACUUACCAAAGGUCGAGCGGUACGUCAAAUUUGAUGGAGCAUUUAAAGAGAAAGCAUAUGACCAGGUUAGAGCGUGAUAAUAUUAUACAAGCCAGAGAAAAGGAACAAGAUGGAAUUCAAGAUAGUAUUAAUGUACCAGGAACAUCUAGGGCAUCCCAACCACAUGAUACUUCAUCCACUGUACCUGUUGUUAGUCAUUUUACAAACAACAUUAAUAGUAAAACUCAAUUAGAGUUACUGAAUAGGCUGUCAUUCAUCGAGCACGCGAGCACUGUAGCUGUUGUGGCGAGGAAGGCAGCAGUCGCACUGGGCAGACUCAUGCCUAACGUCGGUGGCCCGACGCAGGCCAAAAGACAGCUCCUAAUGAGUGUGAUCCAUAGCCGAUUGUUAUACGGUGCAGCAAUCUGGUCAGACGAAGUCUCCAGGUUUCAAAAGUCAACUAAUAUAAUGCUACAAGCGCAGAGGUGUGCGGCACUGAGGGUUGCAAGGUGUUAUCGCACAGUAUCUGACAUGGCAGCCCUUGUACUGGUCAAGAUGCCCCCGGUAACCCUCCUAGCGGGAGCAAGGAAGCAGAUUGUGGCAGCGAAAAAAGUCGGCGUUGCGCUGUCUAAGAGCGAUACGACGGCCGAUGUCCUUAGACGUUGGCAAAAUGUAUGGGACUCUACCGUAAAGGCGGUAUGGACCAAACGGUUGAUACCGAAUCUGUCCAGGUGGUGGCAAUGUGGUCCACGCGAGGUGAGCUACCACAUGUCGCAGGCCCUUAGCGGCCAUGGCUGUUACCAAAAUUACCUUUGGACAAGGGAUAAGGCGCCGAGUCCAGCUUGUCCUCACUGCACCGCGGAGAUAGACGAUGCCGAGCACACCGUAUUUGUGUGUUUCUUUUGGAGCGCCGAGAGGCAAGAAGUGGAGAAAUCCCUGGGGCGGCCAGUACGUCCGGAGGACGUCAUGGACCUCCUGUGCGGGCCAUCGGCAGAUGAGCUACCAACCGAAGCACCACUCAGAGGUAGGAUCCUGGCAGCAGCAGAGAAAAGGAAAACCCAGUUCGUUCAAAUGGUGGAGGCGAUCAUGGGCCGCAAGGAGGAGUUAGAGAGGGUGAGGCAGCGGGAAGCUGUGGCGGACUAA